UCUUCCCUGCUUAAAAGUGUACAUAACAAAAGGCAUCUGCUCUUUCCCCCUCUGGCCAAUUAAAUUUCCGAUCUUCAUUUCACCCGUAAUUAAUUCCGGACGAGGUCAAAGUGCAAAUAAAUUGGGGAUAAGUGCUCAUCGAGGAGGGUAGCGGAGGAAAAAGUUAAUUUCUGGGGUGAAAAGUGUCGCAAAAUGAUGGAGCUGGAGAUCUUAUCGGCCCGCAUAGCCAAUUUGGAAAGGAUCGUAGUCGCGCUGACGAAAUGGACGGAUUUUAAUUGGCAACAUUUGUUGCAACAGAAGGCGGAUCACUGUGGUGAAAAUGAUGCAGAAAUUUUAAGAAACUUUGACGCACAAGGUCAAUUGAAUUCCAAAUCGCCUAAAAAACCACGAUCUCGAGCAAAACCGAAAGCAAAACAGCAACCGACGGCGACAUCAUCUGCGGCAGCAAUUGCAUCUUCCUCCUCGGGGUACGGUCACGGUCAGUGGGUCGUCCCAUCGACGGGUCAAGGUUCAGGGUCAUCUACGACGGGAAAGCCCCCCACACGCCACUUUCCCCACAAACCACGCGUCGAAAGUGUCACCUCCCUCCGGGGAAAACCCAUGAUCUCCAUGAACGGUUUCUUCUUCCACUGCAUUGCAAACAACGUCGCGACCAAGAAACGAAUCUGGACGUGCGACCAACGUUCCAAAACGAAAUGUCCUGUCCGCCUCCACUCCACCCAUGAUGUCAACGACCUACGUCUCAUGGCGGAAAUGGGACUGCACAACCAUCCCCCAGACCAUGCGGGGGCGCGCGUCAAGAAAAAUCCUAAUCCGACUCGACCCACUGCGACGGGCGGGACGUCGACCUCAUCCACGUCAUCCGGAGCAGGGCAACAGCAACAACAGCAGCAGCAGCAACAACAACAACCACAAAACCUCGUAACUCAAAACGCAUCUCAACAACAAAACCUUGGCAACAUGAAUAAUAUUAGUAACGUGGGGGCUGGUGGGGGCGGAAGUAGUGGCGUCUUACAAGCGGCCGGAUUGAUUAAUGCGUUCAACAGUUCGAUGUAUUAUCCGUUGUUUCCGAAUCAGAAUAUUCACUGAGUUGGUACAUACAAAUUGGCGAAACCGAGGUAAUUUACCGAUUUGGUAAACGUUUGAUGCCCCCGCGGUAAAGAAAAAUUGGACAUGGAAUUUUGGAUUACAAUUUUAAUUUGGUACAAAAUUAUUGUUACUGUGGGGGUAACAAAUUGUUAACGAUAAGGUAUACGCUUGGUCGGUGACAAUUUACUACCAAAUACUCGUGCUGAGAAAAAAGUCAUGCAAAGAUUUCAUUGAAAGAGUCAUUGAAAGACGACCAAAAUUUGAAACUGUUCUCAUUACAUAAUAUUUUAAAAACCAGGUAUGCAGAGAUCUGUUAGAUGUAUGAAAAUGUAGUUGUUCUCAUUCUCUCGUCGUGCUCUAAAAUCCUGAUAUAUUUAGUGGCAUAAUUAAGUUAUAGUCUGAUAAAUAAACAAAAUAUGUAUAUAAAUAUUUAUGAAAAAGUGAAUGUACAUCGAGUAGAACCCCGGAAUGUGAAUAGAUUAUGUAAUUAUAGGACAAUUAUAUUAUGUAUAUUAACCAGUUUUUUUAAUGCAUUGUGUAAAUAAGAGUAUAAUUUUUGUGAAGAGUACAUAAAUUAAAGUAACGUUGUGUCAAAGUAUAGCGAACCGUGUCCUUUAUUUGAACUUCAUGUAUGUACAUGUGCAUGAGGUGUGUUAUCGAUCGUGUAUUUGAACGGGGUGGUUGUCAGGUUUUUACGUUUUCUUUCUAUACCACAAAUCAAAUUGUAUGUGUUACAUCUAACCGAGAUAAGAAAACCUCAAAUAAAUUGGAUAUGAUACAAACCA